AGUUAUUGGACGUCAAGUUGCUGUAUUGUUCAGAAUCUGAAUCAGAUUCUUUAAGCAAGUGGGGUUUUUUUUACAGCUAGCUGAGCUGGAAGAAAAACAGCAAUGAGUUCAACAUGCCCAACACUUCGAGAAGAAUUCCGCGUGAAAAAAUUCCUCUUCUCAGGAGUUCAUACGGGAAGAUUCUACAAUUUUCAUUGGCGACUUCCCCCAUUUAUCUUUCUCUUGUAUCGACUGUGUUUGGCAAUAUAUGUGGACUUCUGGCUGAUAUAUUUUGGUCGUCUACACACGUCGAAAUCAACCACGUCUGAACACGGCCCUCAGCCCUGGUCGUGCUAUCUGACUGUGUGGACCUACACUGUACUGGCCCUGUUUCUCACCAUUUACGCAGUCAUUGUUCUCAUGUAUUAUUUGUUUCAUCCCUCCACACUAUUCCAAGCACCAUCUCAAGAAUAUCACGCCAACCUAUUCCAUGAACUUUCCUCAUCGGAUGGAUACAGACAAUUGGGUUACGAACAGAUCAUGGACGAUGACUAUGAAAUGGAAAUACAACCUCUCAGCAACAUGUUGCCAUGGUAUCUGAAGCUGGUGUGGAUUCUGCAGAAUAUUGUGUUUGUUGCUGCUGUUAUUGUGACGAUGGUAUUUUUUGUCUUCCUGCUGCCUCAAAUGAAAGGUGUUUCUGGGAUCUCGUUGGAGAAUCUCCAGCUGCAUGCCCUGAACACUGUGAUAGUUGUCGUGGAGAGCCUGGUAAGUGCUGUGCCACACAGACUGCUGCACAUCGUGUACUGUGCGUUGUACGCGCUGGUGUAUGUGCUGUUCAGCGUGUUCUACUGGGUCCCGGACCACGCCCACGUCAUGUACCCCAACGUCCUCGACUGGAACCAGCCCGCUCACACUGUGGGCAUGAUCUGUCUUAUCGCAUUUGUCUUCUUUCCUCUUCUCCAAAUGUUAUAUCACUUGAUUUAUCGCCUCAAAAUAUUCAUACUUCAACAAGUCCUAUCUGUUUGACAGGCAGUGCAAAUAAACCAAAAGUCAAGAAUUCUGUGAUGUUUAUCAGGUAUAAUGAUCCACUAAGCAUAGGCAUUGGAAGUGUGUGGGCCGAGAGGUGGGAGGUGUUGUUUAGUUGCAACUCUAAGUAUUAUGCAUUGAGGCCUCCCCCCCCCCCCCCCCCCACCCCCAUCAGUUGACUUGUAAAUUAAUGUAACUGGCCACUCCAAUUAUUGGCAUCCUCCAUCAACUAUACUAAACUUAUGAAACAAAACUGUGACACGCCAACCGUAAUUAUGUGUUUUGUAAGAAAAAUCUCAACUUCUGUCACAAAACUGACACCCCACCUGUAAUUAUAUAUUUUGUGGGGCAAAUCUUAAGUCACUAAUGUAAUAGUAGGUUUGUUUAAAACAGGCAAAUCUUAAGUUCUGUCACUAAUGUAACAGUAGGUUUGUUUAAAACAGGCAAAUCUUAAGUUCUGUCACUAAUGUAACAGUAGGUUUGUUUAAAACAGGCAAAUCUUAAGUUACUGUUUAAAUUACAACACUGGCCGUGUUAGAACUCUCUUCAUAUACCGUGUGCUACCCACCCUGGUAUCGGUAUCACAGUAUUGUUACUGAUUAAGCUACAACACUGGCCGUGUUAGAACUCUCUUCAUAUACCGUGUGCUACCCACCCUGGUAUCGGUAUCACGGUAUUGUUACUGAUUAAACUACAUCACUGGCCGUGUUAGA